AUGCUAUCACAUAUCGGCAAUCGCAUUGAUACUCAUCAGGAUUAUGCACGGAAUGGACGGUCCAGCCCGCCCGGCGAUGCAGUAGUCUUAAAAUCUCUUUUGUGGAAUGAUCAUGCCAAGGACAUUGCUCUUGCUUAUCGGCGCAAGCUUGGAGCAUUGAAUCGUGUCUUUGGAUUAGCUCUAACUGAAAAGCCAAUUAAUUCAACUCACUCAUCUGAUAAUGAUGAUGAUGAUGAUUUUGUAGUGAGUGCGUCAAAAAAGAAAAAAACUCAAAUAUCAUCAAUAAAAUCAACUCCACGUUCGAUUAAAGCACGAAAAGUUUCAGAAUGUGAUGAUAAUGAUGAAGAUAUUAAAAAUGAAAAUAAACGAAAGAGUCUACCUCAUAACGAAAUAGCAACGUCCAAAAUGACUCAGAUUGUUUCAUCUACAACAUCAGAACUACUACCCGUCAAAGCAUCGAAAUCCUCUUCUGUCAAACGGAAAACAUCAAUAUCACCUGUAAGAAUAACAAAAAAACGCGCAACACCUCCACCUGAAGAACAAAAACGGCGUGUUGAACAAUAUAAAACGUAUUUAAAUCGAGGUGGACCAAAGCAUUAUGGUGAAAAGGUAACUGAUAAAGAUUAG